AUGGAAUACCGUGCAUGUGCAAUAAAAAAUUUAACAAGUGAAAAUAUAGAUAUAUCAGAGCUUUUAUCAAUUAAACAUAUAUUUCUCCUAGAACAAAAUGAUAAUGCUGGUAUUCAAAUGUUUUUUGAUUUUGUUAAAUGGAAGAAAAUGUUUGUUCAAAUUGUUUCCGAGUUACCUACAUAUGAGAUAUCAAUUGAUAGUCUGGAGUGUUGUCAUGUAGUCGGAAGAGUUGCAAGUUCAAAUAUCGAUGAAUUCUUAGAGGAAUCAGCACAUCGUAAAAAAAAAUUUGAUCCAACAUUGAUAGGAAAUAAACCAGAUUUUUCAGUUUAUAAUAUGUUCAAAGAGUCUAAUCAUAAUCUUUUAGUGAUGGAAGUAAAACCUGUAAAGCCUAAUACAAAUCCAUUAUUCAGUGAUCUAAGAAAACUUGGCAAUGAGAUGAAAGAUAUAAUAGACAAGUGCAUAGAAGAUGGCAUUUAUGAUGAUAGGUUAAAAAUUUGGCAUGAAUGUGAUGCAUUUGUGAUGGAUAUCAAACAUGAUGCUGUAUAUAGGAUGAUACACUUGGGAAAGUUCUUUGCACCACGUAAUUGUUAUGAUUUGAGUGUAAUUUCUUCAGCAGUUGAAUUAUUAUCAACAAUAAAGUCAAUUGUCACAGAGUCUGCACAAAUUUGUAUUAAUAAUUUGAGGUCACAAAACAAUCAAAAGAUAAUAAAAAGAAAAAGUAUGAUUAGGAAUUCUUAUACACCAAUAAAAUAUGCAGUGAAAAAAGAAAUGACAAUGAAAAGAACAUUACUGGCAUUUUAUUUAGAAGCAAUAAAAGAAUAA